AUGCAGCUCGCUCUUUCUUUCGUGUUCCUUGCUUCGCUCCUCGUCUCGCUCUCGGUCCUCGGCGAUGUCGCCCUGGCAGUUCCGACCAAGCGGGACCAGCUGGUCACGCUCCCUCUGAAGCGUAUUCACAACACUCGGGACAGUAACCUGCACCCACAAGUGCUGCUGCAACAGCACAUCAACCGCGGCUUGAAGCGCCAUGCGCGCAUGACCGGGCGUGUCCAGCCUGGCAAACGCGAACUGGAAGAGAAGAUUAACAAGCGUCUUUACAUCCCGCCCGUCGGCAGACAGAACCGCAAGCGCAAGGAUGGCCUGUACCUCCAUGGCAGCGUCGCUGCCGCCAAGGACAAGAAGAAAGACAAGAAGAAGAAGGGUGCUGCCGCGGCAGGUGCUGCAGCGGGCGCUGCGGCGGGUGCUGCAUCCAACUCGACCGCUGCAGGUGCAGCCGCAUCCAACUCGACCGCGGCGGGUGCAGCUGCUUCCAACUCGACUGCUGCAGGUGCAGCCUCGUCUAACUCGACCGCGGCAUCUACCUCCACCUCGUCAUCGACGUCGGCAGGUGCUCCUGAUGUUGCGGAAGGAAUUCCCGCUAUCGACGUCUCGGCUGCUACUAGCGGUGGUUUAACGGUUGCCAACGCUCCUACGGCUAGCAACUCACUCGGCCUUGACAUUGAGGCGAACGACGUUGGUUAUAUCGCUACUGUGCAAAUCGGUACUCCCGCGCAGGACUUCAAAUUCCUCAUGGACACCGGCUCCGCGGACAUGUGGGUCGGCUCCGAGUCCUGCACCACGGAAGGCACAACCCAGGGCUGCGGCAAUCACACUUUCCUUGGCACACAGAGUUCAUCAUCUUUCGUCCAGAUUGGGACCCAGUUCGAGGUCACAUACGGAACAGGCCAAGUGCAGGGUGUGACCUGCAGCGACAACGUCAACAUUGCUGGCCUUGCGCUCAACAACCACACGUUCGGUGUUGCGAACGUCGAGAGCAGUGACUUCUCUGCUGAUGAUAUCCCCUUCGAUGGCUUGAUGGGUCUUGCGCAAUCUGGCCUCUCUGAGGAGGGAGUGUCAACUCCUGUCGAGUCGCUCGCAUCGAACGGCCUCAUUAGCGCGGCGAUCGCCUCCUUCAAGAUCUCGCGCCUCGCCGACCAGCUCAACGACGGCGAGAUCACCUUCGGCGGGCUCGACGCAUCCAAGUUCGUCGCAAACACCCUCGUCACCUUCCCCAACGUCAACACGGAGGGCUUCUGGGAGGGCGCGAUGACCGCCGUCACGUCGAACGGGCAGGACCUGGGCCUCACGGGCCGCACCGCAAUCCUCGACACGGGCACCACGCUCAUCAUCGCACCCCCGAGCGACGCGGAAGCGGUGCACGCUACGAUUACCGGCGCGCAGUCUGACGGACAGGGCGGCUUCACGAUCCCGUGCACCUCGAACACGAGCGUCGCGCUCACGUUUGGCGGGCAGUCGUUCGAGAUUAACCCCCUCGACAUGCUGUUCGCCCCCGUCAACGCGGAUGACCUCACGGGCGACUGUGUAUCUGGCAUCUCCUCGGGAGAGGUCGGCGCCGCAACGGAAUGGCUGGUCGGUGAUGUGUUCCUCAAGAACGCGUAUUUCUCCGUGAACCAGAACACGAACGAGAUCUCUCUUGCUCAGCUGGCAGAGGAUCCGUAA